UUACGUUACUCCAUUUGGACCUCUUGGCUUACUCGUGGUAGCCGACACCAGUUGGGAUCGCGCACCGGUCACCUCUUUCCUAACGAUAAAGUGAUCACUCGGCUACGUAUUUCACGCGCCCGCAUCGCUCAUCAAUUGGGCUCUCGCGAUGCGCUUGCUUGUGUUUGGCAUUCCGGCUACUCACGAGCCCCUCGGUCUCCAAGAUACCUCGCAGAUUAUGUACUUGAGCCUAUGCGUGCUCAGCUUUACCCAAUCGGACAGGCUGACAAAAAGUACUUUGACGCAAGCGAGUUUGAAUCAGCACAGCGACUCAACUUUGUUCUCACUCAACAUUUAGUCGUGGCUCAGAUUCCUUGGGACGGCAGUGCGCAGCACAUCACCUCGUAUAACUACAAUUCUGGUCUUGAACACGCUGCUUCGCGUUUAUUACCUGGACAGGUGGCCAAGCACUACGAGGUGCUUCUCAGCGAAUUCAAUACGCUUUUAAAAUCAAUUAUUUUUGUUUUUGUGACGUCUAUUGUCUUUGCUGCACUUACCAACGAUCAAUGCAUAGAUGAAUCAUCCCCUAAGCCUAUUAAAGAAUUCUAA